UACAACAAUCUGUAAUAAUUCGAAUACACAUCGAUCCUUUUCGUAUCAGUUAAUUUUGCCUUGAAAUCCAUAUUUUAAAGUGCCCUCAGUUAGAGUAUAAGCCAAAAAAAAAAACGUUUGACUCAGGACGGUGCCAUCGACAGCGGCGUCAUUUGGCGUGCAUAGAAACCGUUAGUCCGGCCCUCGACAAAAUACAAUAAAUUUCACGUUUAUAGCCGGCACACAACAAAUAAAUAUCAAGCGUUCAGCGGCGCUGGAAGGGCUGCCAAACAAUUGAAAGUGGACGAAAAACGACGAGAAACGGAUGAGGGAAUCCUGCUGUCGUCCUGCUGCCACCGCCAGGAUCAGUUCCGAGUUGUUUUUUACAAGUAGUCUUGCUGUGAUACUUUUUUGUAAGCUGUCACUCACUUGACAGCAUUUCGAGUAGAAUUUACGAAUAAUUGUACUUGGCCGCUAUUUAACAACGAUCUUGACCAGAGGAUGCCGCGUGUAGCAAAGCCGAAAGCCGCCGCUCCGGCCAAGAAGGCCAAGAGCCAGCUGUACAAGAUGCCGGAGAAGGUGAAGGAGGGCACAGUUUUCACCGAUUUGGCCGAGGGGCAGUGGCGCAUUGGGCCCUCGAUCGGAGUUGGAGGAUUCGGCGAGAUCUACGCCGCUUGCAAAGUGGGUGAGAAGAACUACGAUGCUGUGGUUAAAUGCGAGCCACAUGGCAAUGGUCCUCUGUUCGUGGAGAUGCACUUCUAUCUGCGCAACGCCAAGCUGAAGGACAUCAAACAGUUCAUGCAGAAGAACGGGCUCAAGUCGCUGGGAAUGCCCUACAUACUGGCCAAUGGUUCCGUGGAGGUGAAUGGUGAAAAGCAUCGAUUUAUAGUCAUGCCACGCUACGGAAGCGAUCUGACCAAGUUCCUGGAGCAGAACGGCAAGCGACUGCCCGAGGGCACUGUCUACAGACUGGCCAUUCAGAUGCUGGACGUCUAUCAGUACAUGCACAGCAAAGGCUACGUUCAUGCUGAUCUUAAGGCGGCCAACAUACUGCUGGGCCUGGGAAAAGGCGGCGCUGCGCAGGCGUAUCUGGUGGAUUUUGGCCUGGCCUCACACUUCGUCACCGGUGACUUCAAGCCGGACCCCAAGAAGAUGCAUAAUGGCACCUUAGAAUACACAUCCAGGGAUGCUCAUCUGGGCGUGCCAACCAGGCGAGCUGAUCUGGAGAUACUCGGUUACAAUCUUAUCGAGUGGCUGGGCGCGGAGUUGCCGUGGGUCAAGCAGAAACUACUGGCUGUACCCCUCAAAGUCCAAAAGGCCAAAGAAGCAUUUAUGGAUAACAUAGGCGAGAGUCUGAAGGCGCUGUUUCCGAAGGGAGUGCCCCCGCCAAUUGCGGAUUUCAUGAAGUAUGUCACAAAACUAACACACAACCAGGAGCCGGACUACGACAAGUGCAGCAGUUGGUUCUCAAGUGCGCUCAAACAGCUUAAAAUUCCAAACAGCGGAGAUCUCGACUUCAAGCUGAAGGCACAGACCAGCAGGGACAAUAACCUAAGUCCGCCCAGCACGAGCCAGGCAGCAACAGCCAGGAAAGCCAGAAAAAUUUAUUCGCCAGUCAGGAAUUCAUCACUGGACGAGGAAAUCUCCGCCAGCGAAGAGGAUGCGAAGGAGAACAUGUCAUAUCGCAAGAAGACAGCCAAAAAGGUUAACCCAUCAGCACGGAACGCCAAGGUAUCGCCCUUGAAGCGAGACGCUCCUGUUCCUGCCGCAGAAAGUUCACCAGACCAGACUAAACCCAAGUCAACUCCCAAGGAGAGAGCUACGCCCAAGACCAGUCGCAAGCCAAAGGGCACACCGAAGGCCAGUAAAACAAUAAAAAAUGAUUGCACAAAUAAUAAAAUAGCGGCUGAGGACGGAGUUGCCGGUCAGAGUAAAAGGGAGCCCUUCUCGGCGCUUCACAUAAAUUGAAAUGAGUGAGAGCCAUCGUCACAGGAUGCCGGCUAUUCGGAGCAAAGUUAUAAGUCCACGAUAUGUGUUGUAAAAAUCAUAAAUAUCUAAGCUUA